AUGCCUCAACAUGUGGCAACUGGUGAUGUAUUACGCGAGAUUGUUAAUUUGCUUGGUUCAGCAGUGGUUUCGACCAAUUCUACAACAUCAUCUUCGGUACCACAGGCACAGGUUAUUGGUGAGAUUUCUGUGACUGCCAUUCAGAUGGUUUCGUUUGUGGUUCUUUUACCAGUUAUCCUAAUCUUGUUGUGUUGCUUUACAAGACAGAAAAGAGGAGGAAAGCAUAGCAGAGCUUCAUCAAUGGACACAAAGAAUCAACAAGAGUUAACAGAUAAUAAUAAUCAAAAGAGCCCCUAUUCUAGAAACAAGGUUAUUCUAUUCUCCAUUCUAUUGCCUAGUGUUGUUAUUUUGAUAAUAGUGUUUGGAUUGAGAAUAUUGAACAUGGCAGCAUUUCCUGUUGAUACAUUUGUGAGUGCUCAAAAGCCACUUCAUGUCAGAGUGAUCAAUGCACUGAUUUAUUGUGGAUGGGCAUUGAAUGAUUGGUGGCUGGUUGUUCAAUUCCUGUUUGUGGGUUAUAUAUUAAUGUACAAAAUAUUGUUGGGAUUGAUUUUUACAACACCUAUUAUUUUGGGAAGUGUCAUUGUUGGCUAUUGUGUGACAGUUUUGGUAGAUCAAAUAACAAAGAGUGAAACAGCAAAUCCAUCAAGUCAGGCAGCUAUUAUUUUCUUCUAUUCUCUUGAAACUGUUAUUUUCAUUGGUUGUGUCUUGUCAUCUUUAGGUUACAUGAUUUGGACAACUGUUCAACUUGUUAGACAUUUGAAAUCUAGCUCUGAAAAUUCAGGUGAUUUUCUUCAGAAAACUACCAAUAAGGCCAUUAGAAGAAUUAUUAUCAUUGUUACACUAGUUGCAUUGAUUGCUGUCUUUUUAUGUAUUAUGGAGUUGGUAUCAUUUGUUGGUGAAGUUUCCAAUACUUCUGUUUAUUUCCAAGUCAUUUCAUUGAUUGGUAAAGCCCUGGCAACUUGGUGUUUUGUUGUUGGGUUGUGUAUAUUAUUUGGUCCAUUGAGUGAAAUGAAAAAGAUGGUAAAGAACGUAAUGAAGAAUGUCAAUUCCAACGCAGAAAAUCCAAUGGCCACUAAGAAGAGAUUAUCAAUGAAAGAGAAUUUAACAAAUUCUCCAUCAACUAUCAACUCCAUCAAUACGCUAGAAAUUGAAACUGCAAGUGUUGGUGAAUCAAUACCUACACCUAAUUCUGCUGUUUUUGAGAUGCAACCUCACCAGCUACAAACAGAACAACAAUUGGAUGAUUGA